AUGGCUUCUCUCUCUGCUCUUUUUUGCUCGGUGUGCCAAAUGUUUAGCUAUGCCUCUGCCUCCUUUAGCGACAGUGGUAAUUGUAACAAGUGUAGCUUAUUUGCUGCGUUGGAGGCGAGGCUCAGUAUAUUAGAAGCGCGGCUCCGCACCAUGGAAAAUCAUUCAGUAGCUGCCGUUAGCCAGUCCCCUGUAGCCGGUGCGGAGCCACAUAGCAUAGCCUCUGCUAGCGGUCCUCCGGUAACACCCGUUCAGCCGGGGGGUUGGGUAACUGCUCGUGAGAGGCGCAGCUCCAAGCCGAAGCCCACGGUUCACCACCAGCCUGUUCACGUUUCCAACCGCUUUUCCCCACUCAGCGACACACCCGCUGAGGAUAAAACUCUGGUUAUUGGCAGCUCUAUUCUGAGGAACGUGAAGUUAGCAACACCAGCGGCCAUAGUCAAAUGUAUCCCUGGGGCCAGAGCGGGCGACUUUGAAUCAAAUUUAAAACUGCUGGCUAAAGCUCAACGUAGAUUCAGUAAGAUUGUUAUUCACGUCGGCGGCAAUGACACCCGGUUACGCCAAUCGGAGGUCACAAAAAUUAAUAUUGCCUUGUUGUGUGAAUAUGCAAAAACGUUGUCGGACUCCGUAGUUUUCUCUGAACCCCUCCCAAAUCUGACCACUGAUGACAUGUUUAGCCGCAUGUCAUCAUUUAAUCGCUGGCUGUCCAGGUGGUGUCCAGCAAACAAUGUGGGUUUCGUUAAUAAUUGGCAAACUUUCUGGGGAAAACCUGGUCUUAUUAGGAGAGACGGCAUUCAUCCCACUUUGGAUGGAGCUGCUCUCAUUUCUAGGAACCUGGCAAAUUUUAAUAGUAAUUCAAAUCCCUGACAACCCAGAGUUGAGAUCAGGACUCAGAGUCGCAGUCCUAUACGCGUCUCUGAGCUUCUA